UCAUCGAUGACUAUCCAGCCCUGGGAAUUUCGUUUACCUAUGAAACCUAUUUGAUUAACUGCAUUUUUUGGCAUGUGCAGCAUUGGAGAGGAUGAUUUUGGCGACGAGGGCGCCGCCCAUGGCAUGGUAGCAGAGUCCUUGCCCACCGGGAUUGUGACCAGCCCAGGGGACUGCAACAAGUGCGGUGUGGCCUCCAGUGAGCUCUACAAACUGAACUUCCGCGUGGCCGAGUGCCGUGAUUGCUUUCUGAUGUACGCUCGACACAAGUUUCGAGCAUCCUUGGGGGCCGCCAAGGUCCUGCCCCGCAACGCUGAAGUCCUCCUCGCGGUGGAUGGCUCUGCCGAGUCACUGGUGCUCCUGGACAUGCUUCACUUCGCGCAGACACAAAACACAUUCAGGCGACUGCAUUGCAAUGCACGAGUGGUCUACGUGGACGAUCAGUCGGUGCAUGGCGGCGAAUCGGUAAAUCUGCAGGCUCUUCAAGCUCUCAGUACGCGAUACGAACCACUUGAAUUCUAUGUUACUGAGCUUGGAGCAUCGCCCUGCUCCCUGCAGCGGCUUGCGGAAUACUCCACAUCUCCAAGGGAGCCCAAUGAACUCCACACGAAUCUGAACAAACUCCGCAGCCUGACAGCUCGACAGGAUUACCACCAGCAGCAACGCAAAAACCUCCUAGCCUCUGUGGCCCAAAAGCUGAGCUGCAGUCACGUCUGUGAGCCGCAUAUCAGUGGCGACCUGGCCACACAGCUGCUGACGGCCAUUGCACUGGGUCGCGGAGGCAGCGCCGCUUUGGACGUGGCCCUUCUGGACGACAGGCUGGCAGGCGGAGUCAAGCUACUGCGUCCCCUGAGGGAUCUGAACGAGCAGGAAGUGCGGUUCUAUGUACAUGCGCGCCAACUGAAGCCGCUGCGGGAGAGUGGCAGCAGCUAUGGACAGGAGCGUGGGCAGACCGCCAGUCUGCAGAACCUGACCGCCGUCUUUGUGGCCAACCUUCAACAGAACUACCCCGCCACAGUGUCCACGGUGUUUCGGACCGGCGAUAAAAUUGCUGCAAAUGCCAAUGCGGAGCAGGCUGCUUGUGUUCACUGCCAAUCCCCACGAGACCCGAAGCUCUCCGACACACUUAUGGCCAUCGAGUACUCGAGGGCCGUUUCAGAGGCUGGAGUGGGCCUGUCCUUGGAAGGCGACGCCUCGGAGCGUCUGGCCAAGCAGCGACUAGAGUUUAAGGAUGGACUGUGCCACGCCUGCCGCUGUAUACAGCUGGAGCUGGGAAGUGAUAUUUUGUCGUAGCAAAAGAAUAUAUAUUCUCCCAUGAA